AUGCAUACCCCGGUGUUUUUAUUUCUGGCGCUUGCUGGGCUAUCUCCGGCAUACGAACUGCCAUCGCAUCUGAAAGAACUAUACCAAACCCACAAGAGCGCGAAGUGCAACAAAGUUCUCCAGGGAAAAUUCAGUGAUGGUGCCUCUGGUAAAAGCGAUGUGGCCUACUGUGGAGAUAUUCCGGGCGCAAUCUUCCUGCACUCCAGCUCGAACGGUGGCACAUACGCUGAUAUGGACAUCGACUGUGAUGGAGCGAACAAUAGCGCUGGCGCAUGCUCCAACGAUCCCAGCGGACAAGGACAGACAGCGUUCAAGGACGAUGUCAAGGAGUUUGGCAUUUCUGACUUGAACGCGAAUGUUCACCCCUACGUGGUCUUUGGAAAUGAGGACGGAAAUCCUAAAUUUGACCCAAAGAAGUACGGCAUGGAGCCGCUCAGUGUGAUGGCUGUUGUCUGUAACGGCCAACUGCACUACGGCAUCUGGGGAGAUACCAAUGGGGGCCACGUAACGGGAGAAUCGUCUCUGUCCAUGGCAAAGCUCUGCUUCCCAGGCGAAAAGCUAGAUGGUGAUAGCGGUCACUCGAAGAAAGAUGUCAUGUACAUCGGAUUCACCAGCAAAGAUGCCGUUCCCGGGAAAAAGGCGGAUUGGCAUGCCAAAGACGGACACACUUUCGAGAAGAGCAUCAAAUCCAUCGGGGACAGCCUGGUUGCCAAGCUCGGCAAGUCCACCGGAAGCUCUCAAUCGGAUGAUGUGAGGAGGGAACAAGCCCACCAUCAUCCAAGCCACACACCAACGACCUUGACGACCAAGGCAUCGAGCCGUCGCCCUCACAGUCACACUCCCACGACAACUCCCAAGACGCCCGUCACUCGCACCUCGAGCCACCGCAUUCACACCCACUCUACAUCCGUUGUUCAGUCAUCGAGUCAUCGACCUCACACACCUCACACACCUCACACACCUCACACACCUCACACACCUCACACACCUCACACACCUCACACACCUCACACACCUCACACACCUCACACACCUCACACACCUCACACACCUCACACACCUCACACACCUCACACACCUCACACACCUCACACACCUCACACACCUCACACACCUCACACCCCCGUGCCCAUCACCUCGAGCAAUGUCGUUUCAUCUGCGAGAGCUACUCCCUAUUAA